UUUCUUCCUUGUAAUGGGUGUAUAGUGUAACACAAAAUGUGACUAGCUGAAAUAAUUUCUGAAAGUUUUGCUACAGAGGACUGACCACUACUUUUCACUAUGGCAAUAAAUGUUGUUGGACUAGUUGUGCUGUUGUUGUUUUACAUUGUCAUUCUAAUUGUUGGUGUUGUGGCAGCUCGUCAUAAAAAGAUGCCCACCAGAAUGACAGCAAUGGAGUCUUCCAUUGUGGCAGGAAGAGAUCUAAGUGCAGUUGUUGGAAUAUUUACUAUGACAGCAACAACAGUUGGAGGAGGUUACAUAAAUGGAACAGCAGAAUCCAUAGCAACUAGUGGCCUUGUAUGGACAUUAGCACCAUUUGGUAUAUUUAUUGGACUUAUUGUAGGUGGUUUGGUGUUUGCCAAGAAAAUGAGGGACCAGAAUUACUUAACGAUGUUGGACCCUUUCCAGGAGGUAUAUGGUAAUACUUUGGUAUUUAUGGUCUACCUAGCAUCAUUAUGUGGAGAUAUUUUCUGGACUGCAUCCAUUUUAUCAGCAUUAGGGACAAGCUUGAGUGUGAUUGUGAACAUUCCUUUGACUGUUGCCAUAGUAACAUCAUCAGCAGUAACUAUUAUUUACACUAUGAUUGGUCAGAUGGUUUCUGUAGCAUAUACAGAUAUAGUGCAAUUAAUAUUUAUUACGUUUGGAUUGGUUCUGAGUUUGCCAUUUAUACUGACCAAUGAAAAUGUUGGAGACAUCUGCCAAACAUCUGAGACUUGGAUUGGAACUUUUGAUAUUUCAUUUGCUGGUCAGUGGUGGGAUCUGUUUGUUGCCAUGACACUGGGCACAAUUCCAUGGCAAGCCUAUUUCCAGAGAGUACUAUCAGUGAGGUCUGGAAGGCAGGCACAGAUCUUGUCUGUUGUUGGAGCUUGUAGUGCUGUUAUCCUAGUAAUUCCAUCUGUGAUUAUAGGAGCUGUGGCUACAAAUGCAGAUUGGAACAAGACCAGUCUUGGAAAGUCACCUAUGGAACUGAACCGGGGCAGUAUGGUACUUCCUCUAGUUUUACAGAAUUUUACACCAAACGUUGUAGCAGUGAUUGGUCUAGGAGCCAUUUCUGCUGCAGUAAUGUCAUCAAUGGACAGCUCCAUCCUUGGUUCAAGUUCCAUGUUCACAUACAAUAUUUAUGCUCAUCUGUUUAGAACCAAGGCAUCUGACAGAGAGUUGUUAUGGAUACAGAGGAUAGCCAUUUUAUUUGUUGGAUCCUUGGCAACAGUUAUAUCUAUAUUUGUUCCAAUAGUGUAUGGAUUAUUUAUCUUAGCAGCUGACAUUGUAUUUGUGAUUGUAUUGCCCCAGUUAAUAUGUGCCGUAUAUUUUAAAUGGACGAACAGUAAUGGUGCCAUCGUCGGAUAUAUAGUAGGUGUGACAUUACGCGUAGGUGCAGGAGAACCAACAAUCAAUCUGCCAUCAUUUAUUUUUUAUCCAGAUUAUGAUGUGGAUUCUGGUCAAAAUUUUCCAUUUCGAACAUUUGCCAUGGUAACUUCAUUAUUGUGCAUUGUCAUUGUUUCCAUAGUAACUACUUAUAUAGAGAAAAAUGUGAUGUCUAAGACUGAGUAUAAACUGGCCAACGUAUCAACAACGAGUAGUAAACAGUUGUUAAAAUUACAAACAUUGGACAGUACAAGUUGAGGUGGUAAUCCGAGGGAUGUAAUAUGCUGUUGAUCAGUACCUUUAUAUCAUGUCUAUUGUAAGUUGUAUAGGCCAAAGAUCAAAUUAGGUUUGGAAAUCUUAAAAUCAAUCCUUAAGACUUAUUAUAAAAUUCUAUCAUUUUUCUCCUAUGCAUGUAGUGAAGGAGGAGAUUUUGAGAAUGGAAAAACAAGCAUAGCCUAAAGAUUGUAAGUUUUUGAAUCUAGAAAUAUCAUCUCACCAAAACAUAUCAGAAGACCAUUUCAAGUGUCAGUUACAAUAUUCCAAACCACAACUUUGAUGAUCAUUAUAGCUUGGAGUAUCCUAAGUAUUAAUAUAAACACAAUGACAAUGUUAUAAAUUGUGUUUAUAAAACAGCAUAUUAUGAAACUAACUUAUUUAAUACUGUUUUACAAUCCUUACCAAAGUUGUGGUAUUAUAUUUGUAAUUAUUCCUUACAGUCACUUAGUCCAUUAUGAUAAAGAUACCAAGGACACACUAUUAAAUGUUAUACAUUUAUGUUUAGCUCAACUGGCCCAAAAGGUCAUGUAAGCUAUUGCCAUCACUUGACGUCUGUUGUCAUCCAUCAUUGUCUUGGUUUUGAGAAAUGUUGGUACAUGUAGCCUUUGUUUACCAUGUUUACUCUAGUCUCUUAGUCUUAUCUGCUAAAUUUUGGAAUUUUUGAUUUUCUCAAAAACAUGUAAACCAAAUGGAACCAAACUUGACAGAUAUGUUCAUUUGGCUGUUUUGAACAGGUUUUGUUACUCUAGAAUAGCCAAUCAUCCAAGCAUAUGUUUGCCUUUUUACAGACAAUUGUAUGUUUGUCAUAGUUUUGCUACCAAACUUAAAAUUGUCCUCAAUAUUACCACAAAUAUAUAUUCAUCUACUUCAGUGCUGUUGUUUACAGCAUCAUUAUUAUUCCCAUCAGCCUGAAAGAUAUGGAAAUCCUCAAGAUUAUUAAGGUCUGAUUGUCAAUAUUGUCAACCAUAGCUUGGAAGUCAAACUCUGGUUGUUCAAGUGUGCUGGAACUUGGACCUGCCUUAUUUUGAAUGUACGACUCAAAAAAGUCUUCAAUUAAAUUAUACAGGGUUCUAUAUUCAACUCCUCUCUUAAAUAAAUUAUUUUUGCUCUUUUUAGCUGAGGAACAUCUCCCUCUUUCUGAUUUUUACGUUUCAUCCGAGGUUUCUUCUUAUUUUUUUUCUGGUCCUUUCCUUUCCCUGGACUAUUAGACAAAACCUGACUUUUUAUUUAUACUCACAGAUUGCGCUGUGUAACUUUUGUAUGUUCUAAGUCUUCGACUAAAGAUAAGCCAGAAAAUUCUCUUACCUCACUGUUAGAGACAAAUAACUGCAUCAUGUCUUCCUUACUAAGUGUAUUAUUCGGCUCCGUGUUGGAGUAUGACAUGUAUUAAUUUCAAUGAUAUAAUACAAUUAUCUGUUUGUAAGCUUUAAUUCAAUGUCUGUCUCAUAUUUAUGUAAACAGAUGAGUAUGAUUAACUGUUGAGGAAGACUGCUUUAUAAUAUCUUGUUUCUUUGUUAUUUUUGUUUUUUUUAAUUCCCUUUACUUAUUCUUGUUUUUCUUUUUGUAGCAAUCAAAAAUUUUCUGUGUCAAUUUAAACUAACAGAUAUUGUUAUAUAAUAUACAUUAGUGGUCUGACAUAAUUAAACUGAUCUCAGAUUGCACACAUUCAACUGAAGAAAUGAUCUGAUUUACCUCUAAUUACAUGUCAUGUAUGUAGUCUUUUAAAGACAUUAUUUAUUUAUUUUAUUUUCAAAACAAUUGUUGAGGCAUUAUUAUAAAUUUAAUGUCAAAUAGUUAUACAUGCUGCAUCUCUAACCCUAAUGGUAUGGUUCACCCUUGAUCAACUAUGAUUUCUCUAUUUUAUGCUGAAAGUAAUAAAUCCACCUCCAUAAUUCCAAAAUUAUUCAUUUAAUAAUUUUACAAAAACAGAAUCUCACUUAUUUAUGAUAAUAUUUAGUCUGUAUUGAACUUUUACAUAUUAUGUAACUUAUAUUUUUCAUUUUAUCUUUAAAAGAAAAUAUUUAAUAUAUGCUAUUUUGAUGGAAGGAGUUUUCAUAAAUAUGAUAAAACUUGUCAAUGUACUCACAAAUUCUUGACAGGUAAAACAGUAUUAUGUUACUAUAUUUUUGUUAUUUGUAAAAUUAAAUAUGUUAUUUAUGUUUAUUGAAUCAUGACUGCCAGGAUCAAAAUCCUUUUAUACACAAAACAAGGUAUUUUCCCAAAUUUAUUGCUAAUUUUGUACAUGUACUAUAUUCUAUUAAAAUUAAAAAAAGCUAACAAAAUAAUUGUGAUAAUAUACUUUUGAUGUUGUUUAUUCUUAACAUUAUUGAUAAGAAUAUUGAUACUAAACAUGAUCAGAUGGAUCUAACCUGUUUUUCUGUGUUUCUGUUUUAUUAGUAGAUGUGCAUUCAUUUACAUGUUAUAUAUUUACCAUGUAUGAAACUAUAUGAGGAUGUGCCCAUUGACAAUUUAACAUAUAUUCCACAUCUUCUUUUAUUUACAUAAUGUUGAAAAUGUCUUUAACAAUUAAGGUGUACUGUUCAAGAAGUAGCUCAGGAAGCAAUUUUUAUUGUUGUAUACAUAUGAUUAAUACUGCAAAUAAAAAUUAUCAUUGUGUAAAAAGUUAUCAUUUAAAAAGAUUAUACAGAUCUGAUAACCAUGGAUACUUUUUUAAUAAAAUAAACUUGUAUAAAGAUA